AUGCCUUUCACAGUUCUCUCAGACGCCAACGUCAACCACAUCCUCGAUACGUUAUCGUCAACUGACGUGGCUGAUCUUGCAAAAGCUCUCGAGCAAGCCCUCAUUCAAUACUCAUGCAACAACGAACAGCAAUACCAGCCUCACCGUGCAGUCGUCAACCGAGAUGGCCAAGUCAGCUUGUUCAUGCCCGGAACUACCGACCAAUUGAUCGGCGUCAAGAUCGUCGGUGUCACCCCAAGCGAAAAGCUCAAGCCUUCUGAAGCAGGUCUCAAAAGUGUCUUGACUCUGUGCGACGCUAGAGGUCAAGCCAUCGGAACGCUCAAUGCAGCUGCUCUCACCGCGUUCCGAACUGCGCUGGGUUCAAUGCUGCCGUAUCGAUUCAGACGUAACACAGAGAAUAUCGUCGUGUUCGGUGCGGGGAAGCAAGCUCUAUGGCAUAUUCGAUUGGCACUUCUGUUGAAGGAGAAGGACAUCAAGUCUGUGACCAUUGUCAACCGUUCUGCGGAGAGGACCCAGCAGUUGAUAGACUCACUCAAGUCAAAUGAUCAGUCACCGUGGCCAUCGCAUAUCAGCCUUCAGGCCUUUGACCCCAAAAAUGACCGAGAUGCCGCUUUGGAGGCUCUGGUCGUAGAUGCAGACGUCUUGUUCUUUACAACACCAAGCACGGAACCUCUCUUCCCAGCGUCAUAUCUGACUUCCGAGAAGGCUCUGAGCAAGACUAGGUAUCUCGCGGCGAUUGGUUCUUACCGCCUCGACAUGCAAGAAAUCGACCCCGAGCUACUGAAGCAAGUCAUUGAUCCAUCAGGACCCUUUUCUUCCGUGGGGUAUCAUGGUGGAUCCGUUGCAGUCGACAGCCGAGAGGGCUGCCUGCAAGAGGCUGGAGAACUCGUCAAGGCUGAGAUCCCUACGGAUAAAAUGCUUGAAAUUGGCCAGUUGUUCCAGACCAAGAACACCAAGAACCCGGAUGACUUGACUAAGUGGCUUGAAAGUGGAUUUGUUAUUUACAAGAGUGUCGGUACUGGUGUUAUGGAUCUAUCGAUUGGCCAAGAGCUCCUCCGCUUGGCCAAGGUGAAGAAUGUUGGCUUGACUGCUGAGGACUUCUGA